AGGGAAAAGUAUUGUUUAUCCUAUGUUCUUUCUACUCAUUGUUUCUCUUUCUAUCACCUUGUGCCUUAAUUUUAUCUUAAAACCGAUCCAGUAUUAAAUUAUUAACAAUAAUCCGAAUAAACAAUUUAUUUGUGUAACGUAUAAUAAUGAAUACCAUUGAGUGGCUACAAUUACCCGAACCGACGUUGACCAUCGAAGACAAUGCUGGGACAAUUAUAAAGAUGUGCAAGAAGAAGUCGAGUCUGAGUAGCCCGCCACAAUCCAAGUUAUUGAACAUUUGUCACCGGACACUGCCGAAUUUGCCUAGACCACAAUUGACACAGGCACAACUGUCGCCGUGUACGUUCUUUAUAUACUUAAAAAGUAAAAAUGAAGCAUUUGAUCCAUCCUUGCAAGAGUUUUGUCUGGAGAAACCGAUUGUUGUGAUAAACGGCCUUGUCGAAAUUCUCAAUCUUGACUUGAGUCUUUUCUCAACUCCGACUAUACUUGAUACAAAACCGAAUAACAGCAUCGAGGUACGUAUACAGAUGCAUCAACCUAGUGAGGAAAACUGGGAUCAAACAUAUAGUAAGAAGGUCUGGAAUUGCUAUAGUCAUCGAACCCUCUCGACGAUCCGCGAGUAUUCGACUUAUCAAGUCACGAAACUCGAUGAGAGCAUAAAAGAAGGAACAGAGAUGUCGAAUAAUAACGAAAUGACUUUCAAUCAGUUAAACUUGAACUCGAGAAGGAUGAUUGGACGCAGGAACAAGGAAAAAUUACGUUUCGGCACCAACGUGGAUUUAUCAAACAUGAAAGACUGGAAACCGCAAUUACAAGAGUUAAAGAAACUGCCACCCUUAUUUCGGGUGGAAUCGGAUGUUAAUAUGCUCAAUUACGUAGAUCACAACAUCUACGGAAUGAACACUGUGCAAUUAUACAUGAAGGUACCUGGUUGCAGAACACCUGGUCACCAAGAGAACAACAAUUUCUGUUCAGUGAAUAUCAACAUUGGACCGAACGACUGUGAAUGGUUUGCAGUAUCAUAUGAAUACUGGGACGCAAUAUGUUCACUCUGCCAGCGAAACAACAUCGAUUAUCUAAAGGAUAGUUGGUGGCCACCAAGUUUGAAAGAUUUAUUUGAUGAAAAUAUCCCAGUGUAUAGAUUCUACCAGAAACCAGGUGAUCUGGUCUGGGUGAAUGUAGGUUGCGUGCACUGGGUACAGUCAAUAGGCUUUUGUAACAACAUUGCGUGGAACGUCGGACCGUUUACUGUCGAGCAGUAUCAAGGUGCGAUCGAACGUUACGAGUGGAACAAGUUACACAAAUUUCAAUCGAUCGUACCGAUGGUACAUCUAUCUUGGAACCUGGCGCGCAAUGUCAAGGUGUUAGAUGCGCAGCUGUACAAGUUGAUCAAAAACUGCAUGUUACUGACGUUGGGACAAUAUUGUUUAACUUUGGAGUUUGUGAAAAACAUGGAUGUUGAAAUGGAGAACUUUGUAACAAAUAAGACGAAAAACGUAAUCUAUUGCGAAAAAUGCACGAUCGAGAUAUUUGGAAUUUCAUUAAUUCGCUAUGACAAAAAAAGUCCUGUGCCAUAUUGUUUGGAUUGUGCACUUGAACUUUCUCCUUUAUUAGAAGGAUUUACCUAUAUGGAUCAAAAUGACAUAAAUGACUUGAAGAACGUUUAUGAUAAUUUCCAGUUAUUAAUUUUUGCUGCUUUAUGUCUCGACAUCGAUUCCGCACGCAAGUAUAUAUACACAAUUAAUUCAAACAAAAUGGACAAACAAGAAAACUUCAAAAACUUUCAUGUGUUUGAAAAAGAAGAAGGAUUGAAUGAAAACUUGUUGAAAAAACAUUUGUUAACAAGCUUUAAGCAUCAGGCUUGUGUCGAAACACCUCCACUUAUAUCCAGGCAACCAUUGAUGAGGGAACAAUUAUUUCCCUCUUCUCCUUUUGUUCGUUUAACUCAUAGAAAUGAGGCAUUCGAACCAUGGCUGGAGGAAGUGUGUUUGGAUAAUCCAGUUGUUGUGAUACAUAAUUUGACUGAACUUAUUAAUUUUAAUAACGAGAUUUUCUAUCCUAAUAGUAUAGCCGCAAAAUAUUCGAAAAGACUGGAAAUGCGCACGCAGAUACAGCAAAUUAGUAAGGAAAACUGGGAUAUAACGUACAGCAAAAACAUUUGGAAUUGUUAUAGUCAUCGACAUUAUAUGACGAUCGAAAAGUUUAACAAGUAUUACAGCGAAAAAUACAAUGAAUCCGCAAAGGAAGCAAAGACAUAUAUGGAGAACAAUCCAGAAGAAAAAAAUUUGCAAAAGGCCAUUCACAUUGUAGAGAACCCUAAAAAGGGUAGAAUACAUUUUGCCACUAAUCUAGAUUUAUCAAAUUUGACAAAAUGGAAACGGCAACUACAGGAACUGAAAAAACUGCCAUCUUUCUUGCAAGUGGAUUCAAAUAAGAAUAUGCUUAGUUAUAUAGGUCACAAUAUUUUGGGUAUAAACACUGCACAAUUAUACAUAAAGGUACCCGGAAGCAGAAUAACUGCUCAUCAAGAGAACAACAAUUUAUCCUUGGUUAAUAUUAACUUGGGACCAGGUAACUGCGAAUGGUUCGUAGUACCACACGAAUAUUGGGAUAAAUUAUUCUCGCUUUGUCAGCGUAACGGCGUCAACUUUCUGAUUGACAGUUGGUGGCCAUCACAUGUGGAUGAAUUAUACAAGGCGAAUAUCCCGAUACAUAGAUGCAUUCAGAGACAAGGUGAUGUGAUAUGGGUGAAUGCUGGUUGUGUACAUUGGGUGCAGGCGGGCGGCUAUUGCACCAAUAUUGCAUGGAACGUUGCACCGUUCACUGCCAAACAAUACAAACUCGCAAUCCAGAGUUAUGAGUGGUACAAGCUACAGUCAUUUCAAUCAAUUGUGCCAAUGAACCAUUUGUCAUGGAACCUGGCGCGCAACACCAAGAUAUCGGACCCAGAAUUGUAUCGGCUGAUUAAAGAAAACAUUCAGCAGUUAUUGAAACAUUAUAACGUGAUACUGAAGUUUGUCAAGAACAAGAGCAUGAAACCCUCUAAACGUAGUUGGGAAGAGAAGGUGCAUUAUUGCUGCAAAUGUGGGAUUGAGCUAUCUCACAUUUUGCUUAUCAACGAGCAAAGAAAAAACUAUGCACCGCAUUGUUUGGAUUGUGUGCUUAAGCAUUCGCCUUCGUUAGAGGGAUUCAGUUACAUGGAACAGUAUGACAUCAAAGAGUUGAUGGAGAUUUGCCACAAUUUUACUUUAAAUCAGUCAAAAUCUAUUUGUUCCUCCUGACUAUCUAUUAAUAUUGGAAUCAGAAAACAUUAAAAAGAAAUCUAGAAAUGACUA